AUGGUUCUCGUCAAGCGCAUCUGCCCGCCUGAGCGCCGCAAGGCCACCAUCGCCGUCACGGCAAAGCCAUCUUCCCCCACUUUAUCCGUCAGCAGCCAACAACAGCCGGAGCAAUUCCAGCUCCGCAUUUCGCUGCGCAUAGCCGAGACGACGCGCCCGGGCCAAGCCAUCACCAUCUGCACCGACGGCACCGUCUUCGCGCCCUCGGACCCAGAAGACGACGGCGAGUUCGACACGCUCGCCAGGGGCACCGCCUCACUCACCUCAACCGCUGACCCCAAAAAUCGCCACAUAAACCUAGGCCACUUCCUCAUCCACCGAGCGCGCAGGAACCCGCCGCCACCCGCGGACCUCAAGGAACGGCUGUCGACGCAUUUGCUGACGAUUCCUGCUGAGGGCGAGGUCGAGGUCGCGCAUGAUCUACCGCUGUCCCGUGUCUUCCUGCACGAGGGCCGGCUGAAGGCUGAAGACGUCGUUGGCGAGACCUGGAGCCUGGAGCUCAACGACGGAUUUGUGGGGACGACGUGGUGGUGCUGGGGUGACCUGAAUGGCGAGCUGAAGGAGAAGCGGUUGUCUGACUGGCACGAGGGCAUGCGGCCUGAGAUUAUGCCUAAGCCGGAUUUGGGUUCCGAGUGGGUCUUGGGGUGCAACCCGGUUGAGCUGGUCUUCGAGAACCGUACUGAGGAUUCGACUUUUCAGUUUGUGGAAUAG